AUUAUGAAAAAAACAGAAUGGGUCUGAAUACGUUCUGGAUGUGAGUCUGGGAGUUUCACAAUCAACUGCAAACUCACUCUGCUGUCUGCCCUAAUCUGAACUCUCUGCUGUCUGCCCUAAUCUGAACUCAUCUGCUGUCUGCCCUAAUCUGAACUCACUCUGCUGUCUGCCCUAAUCUGAACUCACUCUGCUGUCUGCCCUAAUCUGAACUCACUCUGCUGUCUGCCCUAAUCUGAACUCACUCUGCUGUCUGCCCUAAUCUGAACUCACUCUGCUGUCUGCCCUAAUCUGAACUCACUCUGCUGUCUGCCCUAAUCUGAACUCAUAUGCUGUCUGCCCUAAUCUGAACUCUCUCUGCUGUCUGCCCUAAUCUGAACUCUCUCUGCUGUCUGCCCUAAUCUGAACCCCCUCUGCUGUCUGCCCUAAUCUGAACUCUCUCUGCUGUCUGCCCUAAUCUGAACUCACUCUGCUGUCUGCCCUAAUCUGAACUCACUCUGCUGUCUGCCCUAAUCUGAACUCACUCUGCUGUCUGCCCUAAUCUGAACUCACUCUGCUGUCUGCCCUAAUCUGAACUCAUAUGCUGUCUGCCCUAAUCUGAACUCUCUCUGCUGUCUGCCCUAAUCUGAACUCUCUCUGCUGUCUGCCCUAAUCUGAACUCACUCUGCUGUCUGCCCUAAUCUGAACUCUCUCUGCUGUCUGCCCUAAUCUGAACUCUCUGCUGUCUGCCCUAAUCUGAACCCCCUCUGCUGUCUGCCCUAAUCUGAACUCCCUCUGAACAGGAUAUAGAGGGUGCCUCCCUAAUGCACCCUUCCCACUUUAUAGUUCACUACUUUUGACCAGAGCCAAUUCUACAGAAACAAUAACAGUGGCUGUCUUUAAAAAAAUACUUCCUCAUUUAUGUUUUGAUUCUGAAACGGAAACACAUUCUAAGCUUCCGGGGUCAAGAAAAUGUCAGGAUGCGUCCCAAAUGCCUAUAGGCCCUGAGCAAAAGUAGUGCGCUAAAUAGGGAAUAGAGUUCCAUUGGGAACUACACCCUGUCAGUGUGUUGUGAGGGCAUUUCUCUAUGCCUAACCAUGCUGUACUAUGCUUUACUAUUAGUCUCUACAUUAACUGUGUCCUUUAGCUUCUUCCUUGUAUACAAAGUGGCAGUUCUAGAAGAUGACAUCUACAAACUCAGAGGAGAUAUUUCAAACCUAAAGCCACAUUCUAAAGAAUCCCCAGACGGGAUGAUAACUGGUAUGUCCAGAACAUGGGAGAGAUCAAAGCAAGUGGCUUCCCUAAAUUCCCAGCAACAGAGACAGACGGAGAAAGACUCUCAGACUCUGUGUUCCUCGACAGCAUCCUCUCUGAGAAUGAAACGGGAGCAGGCCGGCUGUAGUGGAGGUACAGCAGUAGUUCAGCAGUCGUUUCUGCAGCUGUCAGCCAACACAAAGGAACAGCCAUUUGUCAGAGGAAAUGUGACGGUGAUUCCUUGGAUAGUUGCCUUGCAUCAAGGGGAGGCCAUCUCUUCCACUGGAGACAGAAUCAUCAUCCAACAAGAAGGAUUCUUCAUAGUGUUUGGCCAGGUGUUGUUCCAGAGUCCAGGCACCAUCAUGGGUCACAUAGUGCGUAGUCGAGGAACCGAUCAGAGAUCCACAGAGCUGCUCCGCUGUCUACAGGAGAUGCCCCAGACCAACUGUGCCAAUACCUGCCACACUGGAGGCAUGGUGAAGCUGGAGAGAGAAGACGAGCUGGAGCUGGUGAUCCCAGAUCGACCCCAAGCCCAGGUCUCCAUGGACGCAGACUCAACCUUCUUUGGCAUCAUACGGCUGAACUGACUACCAGGAGACAGAAGUCACCAGCAGGAGGUGUGGGACUUGAUGUCAUGAACAGGAUGAUGUCCUCCUCUGACAGGAUGAUGUCCUCCUCUGACAGGAUGAUGUCCUCCUCUGACGGGAUGAUGUCUCUAGUGGAUGUCCUCCUCUGACAGGAUGAUGUCCUCCUCUGACAGGAUGAUGUCCUCCUCUGACAGGAUGAUGUCCUCCUCUGACAGGAUGAUGUCCUCCUCUGACAGGAUGAUGUCCUCCUCUGACAGGAUGAUGUCUUAUUGUUGUACCAAAUCCACAGCUUUUGCACACAUGGAGAGUUUCAUCCAUGAUGAGUGGAAGAUGGCUGGGAGCAGAAAUGUUAUUUUUCUGAACAACUUUUACCUGAUUAAUCUGACAAUAUGAAAUCGACCUUGAAUGCUGUUGUGCUGAGUACGGGUGGUGUCCAGCGUACGUUAAAAGUUUGGUUUCCAUAUGUGUCAAUAGUUGAAGUGUAAUAAAGUAUUCAGGUUGUCCUGAUCCACCUGG